UAAAAAAAUUGGCCAUCUCCUUGUCUCCUUGUUCGCGUGUCACUCUGCCCCCUUCUCAUUUACCUGAAGAGCACUGCCAAUUGCGAAAGCCGAAGGGAAGGGUUUAUCUGGGGUUUUGAUUCGAGUUGGGGGGAUGGAAAGGAUGAAGGGAGGAACAAGCGAAAUGGGGCUGAACAGAAAACGCAAAAGAGCCAAAAUCCGUCACAAAACUCGCAGAGAAAAGACCUUUAACCAUUCGCAGAAAAUCCAUGAUGAAGAGCACCAAGGCACCAAUCCAUCCUCGCUCAAACCAAUUGAUAAUGAUGAUGAUGAUAAUGAUGUUUUGGCCAAUGAAUCUGCUGCUUCUGCUAAACGGGGAAAACCUUCUAGUUUUCUCGACAAGAUGAGAGCAAAGUUGUCGGGAGGUCAUUUUAGGAUGAUUAACGAGAAACUCUACACUUGCACUGGGAAGGAGGCACUUGACUACUUUAAAGAAGACCCGGCAUUAUUUGAUGUGUAUCAUACAGGAUAUCAAGAGCAAAUGUCGCAUUGGCCUGAGCAGCCAGUUAAUAUAAUCAUUAAAUGGCUACAAAAUCACAGCCCUUCUUUGGUUGUGGCUGAUUUUGGCUGCGGGGAUGCACGCCUUGCAAAAAGUGUGAAGAAUAAAGUCUUCUCUUUUGAUCUUGUCUCAAAUGAUCCUUCAGUGAUUGCUUGUGAUAUGUCAAAUACAUCUCUUGAUUCUUCAUCUAUAGAUGUUGCUGUCUUCUGCCUUUCACUGAUGGGGACUAACUUCUCAAGUUACCUUCAGGAAGCACAUAGAGUUCUUAAACCAAGUGGCUGGCUUUUGAUAGCAGAAGUUAAGAGCAGGUUUGAUCCAAAUACAGGAGGAGCAGACCCAAAUAGGUUUUUGAAGGCUGUCUGCGAACUAGGAUUUACUGCAGUGUCAAAGGACUUCUCAAAUAAAAUGUUUAUUCUAUUGUACCUCAAGAAGAAGAAGAUGCAAGACUCAAAGAGAAAGGGAAUCGAAUGGCCAGAACUGAAGCCUUGUCUGUACAAACGUCGAUGAACUCAUGGCAAGAUGCCCCUCUUAGGCAUUCAGUGAGGAAAAUCCCUGUUUUUGGUGCUUCUCACAUGAUGUUUUGGCUGGUUAUGCAUUUUGAUUUAUUUGGUGGGUUGCAAAGAAGGUAAAGCUUCUUCCGAGAGCUGUUUGCAUACACCACACGUGUGCACACCCCCACAAAAAAAUAUGCUCAUUGUUUGGGGUCAUCGUCUCAUGAGCCAGGGUGAAUUGAGUAUUCUUGAGUUCUGCCAUUUUUAACAAGAUUCGAUCCUUGAAAAAUGAGGCAAAGUAGUAGUAUUUGAUUAUGUUUUAAUCACUUGUUUCUUGAUUAAUGAAUACCCAAUCUAACUUAAUAACUCAAUAGUAACACAAAUUGACUAUUUACUUAAAA